CUCAUUCCACAAAUCGUAUGAGUGUGAUUAAGAAUAUGCAGUAUUUUACUAAGAAUAGCUGAGUUGUUAAUUAACAAGUUAUAUGUUUAUAUAGUGAUUAAAUAAGUUAAUUAUAUAUCAAUUCAAAACAAAAAAACAAAAGAAAAAAAAAUAAAUGGAUUUUCUACGACAAAUUCCAGAAGAUUGUAAUUUUAUCCAGUUCUAAUUGGCAAAUCAAAAGACACACUCUUCAAUGAAAUGUAAUUUUUUUUGAAUUUUUGUAUAAAUUAAACAUUUCAAAUCACACACAGAGAGAUCAUCUUCUAGUUAUGAUGUAAUAAUGGAGUCACCAUUGGUUGCCAGUUUAAAUGAAAAUAUUUUAGAUAAUCGAUCAAGUAAACAAGAUAACGGACAAAACAUGAUAUCCAGCGUAAAUAGUACAUUGGAAGAUACAACUCCAAGUGAUUCAGGUGUGCAAAUGCUUGAUUCUGAGUCAAGUGAAUUUAUGAUUGAAUCAAUAACAUCACAAACUGGCUUUGAUUUUGAUGAUAUUAAGGCACAAAAUCCUGUUAAGGAAUUGACAUCAUAUUCUGCAAUGGCUUCUUCAAAUGAACUGAAUGGAUUGAUACAAGUAGCUGCAAUAGAGACUGUAGAUACGAAUUCAAAUGUAACUAAAUGUACAUCAAAUAUAGAGGAAGCUAUGACAACAAGUACAUGCUCAACUUUUGAUACAACAGAAAAUAUUGUUUAUAGACGUAAAGUUCGCAAGACUCAAUCAGGUCCAAAAGUGCCCAAGAAACGUGUUUCUUUUCAUGAGGAUAUACUAAAAAAUACGCGCACUGAUAAUAUUCACAUUGAACAUGGAUUUAUAACAUAUAAAAAUGGGCGGAAGUUACUACCAAAAACUGGUGUAGCAGGACGUUAUUCUUGGUGCUCAGAGGGAGAUGGCAGAAGUGAGGUUCCGACUGAAUUAUGUGCUCAGUUGCAGGGUGAAGAAGAUUGCGAUAGUAGACGCAGGCGUCGUGUUGUAUAUCGUAAUGCUUGUUCAGAUGUUUUAGAUUAUGGUAAUUCAGAUGUUUAUGAUACUAAUGAAAGCCAUUGCUUACAAUAUGAUAAUUCCGGAGUUUUUGAGUAUCAGCCACAAAGAGAUGGCAGUAGCAUUAAAGGUUCUGGUGCUGAGACUCAUCAUUUAUACAGAUGCUCUUGUUCUAGUUCUAAUUCUAGUCUUGAUUCGGAAGAAAAUGAUAAAAACUCAAACCGGCAAGAGUAUGCACAAGCUAAAAGUAGUUCUUGCGAUUGCAUUGGUAUAAGUAAUGCAAACAAUAAUUUAAUUGGUGAUAAUUGCUAUUUUUCUGAACCAAAUAUUGAUAAUAUUAAUGAGAGUUCUAAAAAAUCUGUAUGGAAUAAGGAAAAGAAGCCGAAAUCAAGCUGUUUAAAAAAGACGAACACAAAUUUUAUAUAUGAACAAGAUAUUAAUUCAAAAGUUAAAAAAUUCAACGUUCAUGACAUGAACAUGCUACUUGAUAAUAGUAGUAAAAUGAUAUUCGGUUCUCUUAAGAGCAUAUUUACUAUGCCUUUGCCGGAAAGAGGUGUUCCUGAAGGGUCCGAAGAUUUGCAAGCAGUAGUUGAAUGCUUGCCUGAAAUGGAACAACAAGCGUCUGCUGAAUUGAUGAGGAAAGAACUAUGCAAAUAUCCUUCAGAAUCACCACCAUUAAAAGCAAAACCUUUUCUUAGUAAAAGUCUAGAUGGAUCAAAACAAAAUCAAACUACUAAGAAGUUUGUACAUAACGUUGAUGAACAGUUACGUCGCAAAAAUAUGAAUGUCGAUCUUUUGGUUCUAAAAAAUGAAGAAGAAACUGAAUCUGUGGUAAGAAGUAUUCAGCGACAAGAAGAGUUUGAUAAGGAUGAUGUUUUAACAACUGCAAUUGAAGCUGCAAGUGCAACAGAAGUUCAAGUAGAAACUAAGCAAUUUCGAAAUAAAUUUAUUAUAAAUUGUGAAAGCACAGUUUUCGAGCACACCGGGGUUUCGUAUGAAAAGAAUUCAUUUAUUGAAGAUGGUCAAAAUAAAUAUUUAAAUUUCGCAGAAAAAAAUACACCAAUAGCACAACCAGAACACAAUCAAUUGCGUAACGCAUUUAUAUCGGUUCCAAUUGCAAAAACUUUUUCUAAUUUUUUUCGUGGAUUUAAAGAGUCAAACGCAAGCACUCCUUUGCAAAAAUCUUCAAAGAAGAGCUCUAAGCAACAGGAAAAUAAAGAAAUUCAUACACCUGACAAUGACAUAGCACCCAUAUCAUUAUCGUCAUCAGUAAAAUCUGAUUCAAUAAAUUCUACAAACUCCCAAUCGCAACCAAAGUUAAAGAAUUCGGUAAAUACAUGCAGCAGUACAUGCAGCUUGGUUAUAGGUCAAGAUUUUCGAAGCACAUUAGAAAAGCAGUCGCGUCAUCUUCCAUCACCAUUAAAGAAACGCACAAGUAUUAAUAAUUUAAUGAUACAACCACCUCGAUACGGAACUAGUGGUGUCAAUACAAUGAGUGAACAAAACAGUUUACUAAGUCCAGAUCUAUUUAAUGAUUAUGCUGGAGUACGGGGCGGUAAUGGCCGCGACUCUAAAAGUACAAUUCUUAGUGAUGAAUUCGAUGAUAUACUUACAAUCACUACUGAUACCGAUAAAAAUGAAAAUGAUAUUGUUAUAGUGGAUUAUCCAGAUUCGAAUGAUCGACAAAAUUUUACAGAUUGCCCGAAUUUACUGAGACCGCCACAGCAGCCCGCAAAAACAUCUCUUAUAAAUCGAUUUUUACGUAAUGUAACGCAAAAGAAAAUACUUGAAACUUCAAUACGAAAAAAUGAUUUUUUUGCUGGGAAACUUAAGAAUGAGCAGAAACUAUUUGCGAAUGAUUUAUAUGUUCCAGGAGUACGACCUAAGAAUUAUGAUCUCAUUGACGAUUUGAAUGCAGAAAUAGCAAUGGAAAUAGAAAUGUCUGGAGUUAAUUCACCUCGCCGCGAAUUAAUAAACAUUGAAUCAGAUUUGAAGGGGAAUGUAGCACGAUUUGAAUUGGGUAUUGGUGAGAUAUCGGUCGAUAUAUUUAAUGGACAUCAUUUACAUAUUUUGCGUGAUAAAACAGAGCAAUUAAUGAAGGUAUUUAAAUUAUAUACUGGAUAUAGUCGUGAAGGUUUUAUGACUCCGGUGCUUGUAUUUUUAACUGAUACAGCGUUGUAUGUAACAGAUUUGGUAAGGAAUCGGUUAUGUUCAAAAUUUGUGCUUCCUUAUGUUGAAUUAGAUGUUAUAUUGAUGGGUCCUUAUGGAAAUACUGUGCUGCUUAGUAAUAGUAUGCGUGAUAUGCAACAGGUUUUACUUGCCGGUGGUCCUUAUCCAGCUUAUGGACUUGUGGCAAAUUUAGAAUUGUGUACUCGGCGUAGCGGUUCGAUUUUGCCAGCUGUUGGACAAUUGACACUUGAGCAUUUAGCACCAUUAAGAAAAUUUGUUCGCGAGAAUUCGUCUGUGGGCAAAAAUGAUAUAUGGAUGUAUUAUGCUGUCGUUAAUAUACCAGUUGGUACGAUCGGUAAUGAGCAGGAACCCUUGGGACCGAAUAUCAAAGGAUUUUUAAUGCAUAGACGGGUAAAAUCUUAUAAUGCAGGUACUAAACAAGGAUGGAGUCCUGGUUACUUUUUACUAAAAGCGGGUGUUUUGUACAUGUUUAACGAUUCUAAUAAUAAACUUCCUAGCUGGGCUAUGGCAUUAGCAGAAUGUCAAGGUGCUAGACGUGCAAUUAAUACGGGCAGACCACAUUGCUUUGAAAUUAUGUUGAAAAAAGAGUUAUUGCAAUUAGCUGCUCCGGAUGAGUAUGUUGCUUCGGAAUGGUUACAAGCGCUGUUACAAUCAGCAAGUGGGCUUUUUGAAAUGCAAAAAAAACAUAAAACGUUGGGGUGCAGCUUGGUGGUAACUGAAAAUUAUUUAAUCACUUUGAGAGAAGAUUUUACGGCACCAUUACAAAUAAACCAGCAUAAUAAUCCGCGAGAUUUGAGAAAUGAAGAAAGAAAAGAUAUGGCAGAGCUGCAUUAUACUAAUAACGAUACGGGCAGUUUGUUGAAUUCUGCUUUGAGUACUCCAGUGAAAGGUACACAACGUUCUUGGUCAUCAGCAAACUCAACACCCACAAUGUUAUCUCAGAUAUCAAAAUCUACGUUAGGUGCAGGUGGAAGCACAUUAUCAUCUACACCAACAUCUGUGAAGCAAACAACAAAAGCGGCGAACAAUCUAUCAAACUAUUCGAAUAUGUAUAGUGUUUAUGGUAUUAAGUCAGGGUUGGAAAUACUAACUUGCGCUGAUAUUAAGGAUAUGACUGGUAUUAAAAUACCAUCACAUAAUGAUACUUGGUGGUGUAUUUUAGAAUUUUCAUGCCAAGAAGUACGUGAAUGUACAGAUGAUUUGGUUAUAUUUUUUUCGAGUAGCUCGGAAAUGCAAAGAUUUUUAAGACUUUUGGAACAAUUAUGGCAGUCGAAAAAUAAUGAUUUAUUCCCUAUUACUGUACUGGAUGAGGAUGAUUUGAUUGCUGAGCAGUGUACUAUGCUCUAUAUUGAUAUUAAUCGUUCAUGGGAGCCUUUAUUGUCAGCUGCUUUAGGUUAUCCUUUGUAAACGUAAUAAUUUGAUUAAAUGCACUUUUUAGAAUAAUACAUAUAAGAAAAACAUAAUAAUAACCUAUCCG